GUGGGCGGGAGGAUGACUCUGAGGCUCUCGGAUUGGCUGGGAAGCCUCUCUCUGGCUGAGCGAACGGUGGGUGCUGCGCAUGCUCAUCUACAGAAACGCCGCUUGGCCUUUGGACUACACCGUCUGUCGCUCUAACGAGCCGGCGUCGCCGCCAGGGGACGCUCGGGCCGCAGGAAGGUCGCUGGGUCGUGAGCUGGCGCCGGGGACGCCGAGCGACUGCGGGGUUUCCCUCAGCGUCCUGCUAUCCGGCUGCCCGCCGCGCUCCUUGGUAGUGUCCGUGGGAGCGCAGGCCUUGAAGAACCUCCUCGUGGCGGGCCCCCGAGCGCAGGAGAGGUGUCAAAGAGCUGGCGCGUCUCCAGAGCCCCGGGAGGAAGGCUGUAACGGCAGCCCCAUCGUAGACAGGGACAUUCGCAUCCCGAGCCCUGGAUCUCUGAAAACCAGCCCAGAAUUUGGAAGCUGGAAGGAACUUUAGAUCGUCCAUUCUGAGUGUCUCUCUUCGCUGGCGUUUUCCCACUGAGGUUAUGUAAACAUGAAGAGGAGCCUACAAGUGUCAAGGAAAAAACGACAGCUAACCACAGGGCAGGCCAUGGGCAAGAUAUCUCAGUGUUCUCCGCUCUCAUAGGUCAGCCCACAGGGGAGACGGUCAAGCCAGUAUGGGGGCUAAUGAAUAAAUGCUACACUGUGCCCACUCAGGUGGGUAAGGGCUGGCACUCCUCUUCCCCUGGAGUGGGGCGGCUGUGCUGGCACCCUUGGCAGACACACUAAGGGGGACUGCACCUGGAAAGGAUGGGCCAGUCGGGGCAGGACUACUCAUCACUCAUAGUGUGGGUGUCAGGGUUGUGUCACCCCUCCCACCUCCCUCUGAAGAGACGCAAAGUCAAGAGUAGGAAGAAGCCAACCUCUGAGGUCAUGACCCCCAGGAGACCUGGAGGACUGAAUGCUGCUGUCCCCAAGGAGGAGGCUGCCGUCUUAUCCCAGGAGGGAGAGCAGGAAAAUAAAAAGGUUCAAAAGGAAGUUGCUGCGUAUCCAUCUGAGGCCUCUGAGGACAGCAAAGAGCAAAGGCCCUGGGACCGGGUCUCCGUGCCCAUGACAGAGCUCUGGCUGGACUGGUUCUGAGCCUCUAACACCCCCAAGACUCAGAACCGUGAAGAAAAUCUUUCCAAUAAAUCCAAGAGUUGCUGCUGCUAUAGGCCAGGCUGCCACCUUUCGGGGCCUCCGUCUUCAGACAAACCCAGCCUGGCUUCAUCCACACUCCCUGUCCCCACAGCUGCAGGAACAGCACUUCCUGCCACCGAGCCAUGUGACCACAGUGGAUUGUCUCUGGAGGGGCCCAAGGGGGCCCUGGCCACCCUUCUGACUGACUCGGUGCCAGAGGACAGACCAACGUUCCUCUCGUGCUGACAGCCGGGCCGCACCCUGGCAUGAGGGCAUUUACAGAAAUGCUGGCGGAACUGCUGCCAGGGAGGCUGUAGGGUCCUCUGGCAAAAGAGGCCUCAGGUGGCUCCUCAGAGUGUCUGGUUCUCUGUCCCAGGCUGUUCCCUAAGAAGGUCUGCCCAGGACUCAGGUAAUCAUAUGCUCAUUAGAAACUCUUGGGCACUGCCUGUGUGCCCAGCCCAGCCCAUUAUGUCGGUGAGGACAGACGUGGAGGACAGCAGUCCCUGCCCUUGGUUGGGGCUCCAGGCCAGCAAGGGCCACAGCCCCAGAAGGCAGAGCAGGAAGACAGGACUCGGGGCAGGUGAAGCAGCCUUCUCGUUGGCAGAAGGGAAACAGAAGCCCAGGGUGGGGAAGGGUGGGCCCGGGGUCACACGGGGUAAUGGCAGAGCCAGGACUAGGGUCAGGGUCUCUGGCUCUCAGCUGCCCAUGCCACCUCCUCCUCCUCUGCCCGCCCCAGUGCCUUAUGGGUCCAAGGUUGACUCCUGUCCCUAGGGCAGGCCUGUGGGCCCUGCCUGAUCCCUACUGGGAGGAUGAUACCUAGGGUUGGAGCCAAACAAGUGUCCUCCUCCAGCACCAGCCUGGCCCUGAGUGCGAACUCGUCACUGGUCAGGGGUAUGUACAGCAGCAUCCCUGAGGGCCCAGAGAGGUGGCCAGUCCUGUGGUGAGGUGACGAGGCUGAGGGCGGUGGCUCAGUCCUGGGCUUCCAUGGGGCCUUCCUUCCCAGGGAACGUUCUGGCACCUGCCGACUGAGCCCUGGGAGGUAGCCCUGGCAUAUAGCUCCCUGACGCCAUGAUUUGUCUUCCGUUUUGGGGUGUCAUAUAUGAAGGGAGGUGA